AUGUCUCAUCUAAUGUCCUUCUUCUCUUCGGACGAUCCGGUCCCUGAAGCUAUUGAGUCACACCCUCUCAACGAGCUUCCUCCAACCACAGCCCAUACGUACCCACCUGCAAGUGGUACAUUGGCUAGUCCAGUUAUUUCCUCCAACAAGGAGUGUCUGAUGGAGUUAGACAAUCCUUGGCAGUCUGUCCAUAGGGUGAGAGAUGACAAUGAGCAGCGGCUGAAUAAAGUCUUGCUCAAGGAAGUCGAUCAGUUGUUCAAGCUGCGUGAAGAUGUGCGUGAGCUACAUUUUAGCAACCAUAAUCUUCUACUCUGGAAACGCAACACGCAGGUCACCUCAAAUGUUCGUGAAUCAGAUAUGCAGUUGACCAUUGUACAGUAUCAGCAACAGAACCAAUCUCUUCAGUGUGACAAUGCUAAUGCCCUCGCCUCCUUGGACCAGAACCAUCGUAAAGAAGUAGCAGAGCUUCAGAGCAAUAUGGCACUUGGUCUUCAUAAAGCCCAAAACGAGGGCCACGCUGAAAUAGAAAACUUAUUGGUGGAGAAGGAGGUUCAAUUUGAACACGAAAUGCAUUUAGCAAGAGAUAGGUUUUUGGCCGACAAUGAAGCUGAAUUAACCCGCUUGGAUGCCAAGUAUAGUUCCAAGAUUAAUUUGUUGGAUGACUUCAUGUCAAAGACUGACUUCCGUGGCAGUCUAGGACCUUCGAAGGACAUCAAUGCUCUAACACUUGAAAGCGAUGCACCAUCCCUGAAGCACAAAAUCGAUUUUGGUGACUUGGUCACCCCUCGAAAGCGAUGUGUUCUAGAAUCCUAUUCUACAGGCGACAUGUGUCAAGUUGUUGUGGUAUAUUCUGAUAUCACGAUAUCCACAUUGUCGCACUUCCUCGAGUCCAUCCCCCACAAGUUGAUAAAAUACAUCACACUGUUUUGGAACUUCGACAUUCUCACUUCUCCAGUUCUCUCUCAAAUGAUUGCAUUACUAGAAAAUAUCUGUCCUUCUGGCGUCGAAGAACUGACAUGCAUGGGUUUCUGUGAUGGCACAGUCUCGCCGUCUAUCACUGGCCUUACCCGAAUCCAGGCGUGCAUAGGUGCAAACAACCUGAAAGCCUUUGAGGCUUCUUCACGGGCGUUUUUUUCCCCAAAGAUCGUUCCUUUCACAAUCCAGACCAUCCGUCUUUCCCCCUGUUUGGAAAAACUUCGACUGAGUUCUGUCAAGCUCAGUGCUGCACACUGGGACAAACUCAUGCACCACUUCACAAUCCCAACACUUGUCGAACUCCGAGUCGAUGCUGAUUGUGCGCCACCCACGCUCAUUCAUUUUCUAGUCCGUCAGCCUGCUGUCAGUAACCUCAGUGUCAUUCCGCGACCUGCUGGUGUUCCCUGGAGGGCUAAUCGAGUUACCAAACCUUUCAUUCUUUCUCUGUCUACCCUGGACGGACCCUUGUCACAUCUCCUUCCAAUCCUUCAGAGUCAUCGUAAACAACAAAACCUCACCUGCCUUCACAUUUCCUUACAAGCUCAUGAUGCAUCGCCUGACUACAUCACUUCCAUUUUACAGUGUGUUGGCCAUUGUGACAGCAUCGGAUAUCUCCUCCUUUCCCUACCUAAUAGUCAUUCUAGUGCAGUGAUGAUGUGUUGGUCAGGCACCCGUUCGAUGGUCCGCAUCAAACACUUAGUGAUUGACUGCUCAGAUGGUUCAGCCAGAUGUGCUACAAGUGAUUUGUUGGCACUAUCUGCAGCUUGGAUUCAAGCCCUUCCUCAAGUCAAGUGUGUUACUUUGCAAGGUUACUCGGCUACUGCUGCCGGGAUCUUGUCGACAUUAUGCGUAGCUUUGCUCCAGGCGAUGUCGAACUGGCUGUGGAUCUGCAGGUCUCACCAGACAGCCACAGCAAACUCUGGAAUUCCCUGUGCAGAAGUUCAGCAGGAGAAGGGACAAGCCUAUCAUUCUCUGGACAGUGCAGCUACAUUCACGGUAGAUGACACGCAACACAUUGCCCAAGCUCUUCAGGCUGCUGAGAAGCGACACUGCUCAAAGGCUCAAGAAGCUUUGGAUGUUGUAGAGUCACAGAUGGAUAGGGCUUGCAGCCAAAUUUUCUCUGCGACUUCCCAUGAUGUUAUGCAGACCAUCCAAGAUGAACUGGCUGUGAUCACGAUGGCCCUAAGAAACGUCAAGUACAAGAUACAUGAAGCACACCAUUUUGACUUGCCAAUCGACCUCUGUGAUGAAGUUGCCCAGAUAUCCCUCUUCCUAGGGGCUGUAUCUGUCGUCAUUUUUGGCAUCAGUCGCAGACACGGAGAGUUCUUCAUGGGAGUCCUUGCCCUCAUUUUGGGCCUUGCUAUGGAGGCUCAGAACCCUCACUCUGAGUCCCACCGUCAAAACACACUCUCUCAAAUCCCACGCUCUAUGGAAACCGCCCUAUCGCACUUCAAGCUCGACGGCCAGACUACAGCUUAUGCGGUCUCACAGCUGACUCCAGCCAAUCACAAGUCUGAUGUUGUCCCUGCUUUCGAACAUCCUUUCCUCGACGUUAAUUCACACAAACCUCCAGAGUUCAAUGAGAAAGACAUCAGAGCCGUCCAGUCAAUCCAUAGCCUUCUUACAGAAGCAGUUCCUGACCUCGAGGGAAGUGACCCUGAGCUCAUCGAGGAUCACAUUGUUGACUUAGAGAGAAGACUGUUAACGAAGAAGGUCGCAUGUCUUCAGUUCGUAUCUGUAGGUUUGGGCAUCAAGCCAGAGGUCAUGCACCCUGGAAAAAAAGUCUACAAAAUUCAUUGGGUCAGAUUGCUCCUUGCUUGGGUAGGCAUUUCAAUAGUGUUAUUCUCAUACCCUCUUAAUUGA